CGCCUGUUUACCUUGACGUCACGGCCUCCAUGACUACGGAGGACUCAGUCGCUUGAGAGGGGUGGUGGUGGCUAUCGCUAGUGUGCACCGGGAUCUGGCGUCAUGGGUUUGCUGUCAAUCCUGCGCAAACUGAAGAGUGCACCUGACCAAGAGGUGCGUAUUUUACUUCUUGGACUGGAUAAUGCUGGCAAAACAACACUUCUCAAACAGCUGGCCUCUGAAGACAUCAGUCAUAUCACCCCUACCCAGGGUUUUAACAUUAAAAGUGUGCAAUCUCAAGGCUUUAAAUUGAAUGUUUGGGACAUCGGAGGUCAGAGGAAGAUCAGACCCUACUGGCGAAACUAUUUUGAAAACACAGAUGUUCUGAUUUAUGUCAUUGACAGUGCGGACAGAAAGCGAUUUGAAGAAACUGGUCAGGAAUUGGCCGAACUUCUGGAAGAAGAAAAACUGAGUGGGGUUCCAGUUUUGAUAUUUGCAAACAAGCAGGAUUUGAUGACCGCAGCACCAGCUUCAGAAAUUGCAGAGGGCCUGAAUCUUCACAUUAUCCGGGAUCGAAUCUGGCAAAUCCAAGCUUGCUCAGCAAUGACUGGAGAAGGGGUACAGGAUGGAAUGUCUUGGGUCUGCAAGAACAUAGCAACAAAGAAAAAAUAGCCAGAACGAAAGAGAGAGCGAGCGAGCAGCACCAACAGGCAGGGAACUCUUCUGACGAUUUUCUGACAAAAGGCAGCACAGUUGUAUGAUCACUGAUGGUACUGGGAAGGCAGCAUUGACUUACGUGGUGACUUCUAAAUGCUGCUGGAUAGACUUUUGGUAUUUAUAAGUUAAAAAAAAAAAAAGCUCAUCACAGAUGCAGAUUUGUAACUUUCUAGAAUUAGAACUUAAUUCCAAAAGAAGACCAAUGAAUGAUGUUAAGUAGAGUGAGUACAGAUUCUGUCUGGAUCCUACGACUGGCCCUCUCUUACAAAUUAGGCAGAUUUGUAACAGUAGACUUCAGGACUGAACAUGCACUUGUCUGCAUACCUCUAAAUAUCAGGGGUCUACUGUGUAACUUGAUCCAUGACUACUGGAUGUCCAUUUCAUAGUCUUAAAAACACAAACAGUGCGAUCAUAUAUAGUCUUCGGUUUAGUCAGUAUUUAGGAGUGGCAGACUUAUUUUAUUUUUAUUUUUUUUAUUUGGGAGUCUGUGUGCACAGUGGGUUUGGUAAUGCUAUGGACUUGGUCACGUUUUUCAAAUCUUUUUGAGCCUCUUGUGCAUAUCAGAUGUCC